GUAACACUCAAUAGCUACGCGAGUGUGGCGUUUGUUUGUAUUAUCGCAGAAUACGAAAAGAAAUGGGAGCUAGUGCAUCUAAGCAAAGGGGGUUGAAGCUCGUAGCCGGGCUAGGGUGGCGCGAGGGCGGAGGGAGGCAGAGGGCGUUCCGGCGCUCGAUACGCGCGCGCGCCGCGGCCACGACGGUUCGCCAGUCGCGUUUCGCCGCCGUUGAGUUUGGGUUGUGUGCCGCUCGCCGGCGUCCAUCUGUCAAACGCUUCGAUAUCGAUGUUAUACUCUUGUCGUUUUAUUAAGUAUGACACGGAGUAACUGAUCAGUUGAGAUAGUGAUGGCUCGCAGCAUGCUAGCGGGCGCGGCGCUCCUGUGCGCCCUAGCGGCGCCUCUGGCCGCUGUCACGCUGCUGCCCCACGACGUGCGCCCCGGACACGCCGUCCGCCACUUCGUUGGCAACCAUUCCCAUUACACCAUGCUUGACCCCGAACUAGAGCCCUACUUCACUCUACUCGACGACGGCCUACUCAUGACCAUAGCCGACCUCGCUCCGCUCCUCGACCGCCCUCUGAACCUCGCAAUAUUAGAGCAAACACCCUACAGCAGCGCCGCUCAUUCCGUCCCACUACUCGUGGUUGAUCGGAGGCGCAUGCUCCAUUUCCCUACCACCAACGGAUUGCGCGGAGAAUUACCAGAAAACGCUCCCUCGGGAUCUGUCGUCGAUUUGCCACCUAUAAAAGCCACAUCGCUGCAUGAUUCAGGACCCGUCGCUUACAAAAUUGUAAAAGGAAAUGAAGAUCCCAUUUUCGCGCUACGUGACAAGAUCAAGGGAGAUAUCGUGCCGGAAGUUAGAUCGGUUAUUACGGAAGGAGACGUGGAAAUUAUCGCAACACGUCCCUUAGAUGCCGAAGAGAAAAGCUCUUACGAAAUAGUGGUUCAAGCGACAGAUUUGCAAGGCACUAAUAAGGCUAGUCUUCCAAUUAGAAUAGACGUCGCCGAUGAAAACGACCACGCGCCCGCAUUUGAACAAGACGUUUAUUAUUUCGCUGUAAAUGGCACUAUUGAUGAAAACGGGCCUAAUGGGACUGCGCAUUGGCAGAGAUUUUCGAAUAUCGGUCAAGUGCACGCGUACGAUGCUGAUGGAGAUCGCGUGUACUACUCGUUAACGGUGCCCAGUAAUUUGGCUGUCAUUGUGCCGCAAACUGGGGAGUUGAUCCUGGCCGGCGAGCCGAAUGGGCACGAGGUGGAACUGCGAGUGUUGGCGCACGACACGGGCUCGCCGCCGCGCAAGAGUCGCCCAGCGCGCGUCUUCAUCGACUUCGUGGUACCUGAACGUAACGAACUCCCGACGCUUCACCGUGAGAAGCGACGGGUGACACGUGCUGUUAGACCUACAAAACGUACGGAAUUCUCCGAGGCUGAUGGUGAAGUGGAAGGACGUUCGGUGUUCACUCUCGAGAAGGAAACUGACCGCGAAACCUUUAAAAUUCGGGACGAAAAUCCGUGGGUCACCGUUGAGCCCAGUGGUGUAGUGAAAGUUAAAAAGAAGUGGGACUAUGAGGAGCUUGGACCUGAGAAGACAAUUGACUUCUGGGUGACCAUCACCAACGCUGGAAAUGGAGGUAAGUUGCUUUAUACGGAUAACCAACGCGUAAUAAUCCACGUGAAGGACGUGAACGAUGAGCCUCCGUACUUUAUCAACCGGCCGCUGCCGAUGCAGACUGUGGUGCAGCUGAACGCCGCGCCCAACACCCCCGUGUUCACGCUGCAGGCCCGAGACCCCGACACGGACCACAAUAUCCACUACUUCAUAGUGCGGGACAGGACCGGGGGCAGAUUUGAGGUCGACGAGCGCUCGGGGGUCGUCCGGACUAGAGGCACUGAUCCUUUCCAGUUGGACAUGGAGUACGUGUUAUAUGUGAAGGCCGAAGAUCAGAGUGGCCGCGUGGACGAGCGCCGCUUUCAGUCGACGCCGGAGGAACGGCUGAGCAUCGUUGGGGGCAAGCGCGCCCCGCAGUUCUACUUGCCCAGCUAUGAGGCCGAGAUCGCAGAGAACCAGAAAAAGGAUUCUGACAUCAUCUCCGUGAAAGCGAAAUCGUUCGCCGACCGCGAGAUCCGCUACACGCUGAAGGCGCAGGGGCAGGGCGCCGGCACCUUCAACAUCGGCCCCACCUCGGGCAUCGUCAAGCUGGCCAAGGAACUGGACUUUGAGGACCUGAGGCAGCCGCAUGUGUACUCGCUAGUGGUUACGGCUACUGAAGAUUCUGGGGGGUUUUCUACGUCCGUUGAGUUAACAAUACGCGUGACGGACGUAAACGACAACGCGCCCAAGUUCGAGCUGCCCGACUACCAGGCGCACAACGUGGAUGAAGACAUCCCGCUUGGCACCAGCAUACUCAAGGUCAAAGCCAUGGAUGCCGACUCGGGGAAAAACGCGGAAAUCGAAUAUUUAGUGUCUGACGAUCACUUCAGUGUCGACUCCAAUGGCAUCAUAACGAACAAUAAACAGCUUGACGCGGAUAAUAACAACGCUUACUACGAGUUCGUCGUCACAGCGAAAGACAAAGGAGAACCAGCUAAAACUGGUACCGCUACGGUUCGAGUUUAUACCAAGAACAAGAACGAUGAAGAACCCAAAUUCUCUCAACAAGUAUACACGCCUAAUGUUGAUGAAAAUGCUGGACCUAAUACUCUAGUAACAACUGUAGUCGCUUCAGACAAAGACGGUGAUAAUGUUAGGUUUGGCUUCGUCGGUGGCGGUACAAGCUCUGGACAAUUCGUUAUUGAAGAAAUAACUGGAGUAAUUCGCUUGCAUAACAAAGCUAUAUCAUUGGAUAGAGAUAAGUACGAACUCAAUGUGACUGCAAUGGACGAUGGAGCAUGCUGCGUCAACGGAGAUGCCACGAUACACACUUCGACUGCCGUCGUAGUAGUGUUUAUAACUGACGUCAACGACAAUAAACCUAUUUUUAAAGAAUGUCCAACCUACUACCCAAAGGUUGAAGAGGGAGCUCCUAAUGGUAGUCCUGUACUGAAGGUACAUGCAACUGACGAAGACAAAGGGGUAAAUGGACAAGUUAAAUAUUCGAUUGUGCAGCAACCUAAUCAAAAAGGCACCAAAUUUACGGUCGACGAAGAGACUGGGGAAGUAUCCACUAACAAAGUAUUCGACAGAGAAGGCGAUGAUGGUAAAUUUGUCUCGGUUACGGUAAAGGCUACGGACCAGGGUGAACCCUCAUUAGAAGGGGUUUGCUCCUUCACGGUUGAAAUUACUGAUGUAAACGACAACCCACCGCUAUUUGACAGACAGAAAUAUGUGGAGAACGUCAAACAAGACGCCAGUAUAGGUACAAACAUAUUGAGAGUAUCCGCAUCCGACGAGGAUGCCGACAAUAACGGCGCCAUAGUUUACACUCUGAGCGCGCCGUACAAUCCCGGAGAUAUCGAAUAUUUCGAAAUCCAGCCCGAAUCGGGCUGGAUCGUUCUAAAGAAGCCCCUCGACGUAAGUAUUCAGCCGCAUUCUAUUAGAGUUUAAGAUAGACUUGUGACAAGAGCGACGAAUGAAUGAGAUCAACUUUACUACAAAGUUUGGUGGAUGAGUGCUACACCUACAGGCCGUAGGAUUCAAUUGGCACACGUUUAUGUUGAUUAAAUGUAAAUAGUUCUAAAUUACUGCUGCUGUACAUUGCUGUGGAGAGCGGUCAAUCCUGGCUGUGAGGAGUAGUUGUCCAUUGAGCGGCGCGGCGGGGGCGGGG